ACUUAUCUAUCCAGUUGUGUGGGGUUGUGGUGUUGACGCUGCGAUGAUGCGCUGCAUUAUCGUCGUAUUUGUUACAGUGCCCGGCCUAACCUAGGCUGGUAAAUUAUGCUUAAGAGUUAUUGAACAUAAAACGAAAGACAUGCCUAGCAAAAAGAAGAAAUAUAAUGCCCGUUUUCCUCCCGCAAGAAUAAAGAAGAUCAUGCAGACUGAUGAAGAUAUAGGCAAAGUUUCACAAGCUGUUCCAGUUUUAAUAUCAAAAGCACUAGAAAUAUUUUUAGAAGCUUUAGUGAUGAAGGCACAUGAGAAAACGAAGGCUCGCAACGCUAAGACCAUGACUAAAUCACAUAUAAAACAGUGCAUAGAAAAUGAAAACAAGUUUGAUUUCUUGAAAGAUUUAGUUGAAAAUGUUCCAGACAUGCCAUGUGAAGAGGAAGACACAAAUAGUAAUGAAACGAAUCUACAGGAACCAAAACAAACACAAUCAAGGAGGGGUCGGCCGCCCAAGAGGCCCCUGACCGAUGCGAGUGCAAGUUCAAGUAAAAACCCCCGUCAAUCUUCUGAGGAAGCGUCAUUUUCUGAUGAUGAUUCUGAUGAUUCAGGAGAGGAGACAGCAACAAGUGAAAGCCACAUGAAUCUAGUACAAAAUACAAGAUUAAAAGGGUCAACGGAGGUCAAAGCAAUACCAUCUGCAAACAUGUUCCAGGCUGUCUCAAGCACCAGCUGCAGUGUUGGAGAUAAUUCCCUAGCGAUGGGAUUCUACCAAGCACCUCAGACCCUCCAGCAAAAUAGUAAUGAUGAUGAAGACUAUGAUUGCUAGCACCCUAAAUUAAAAUGCAAUUUUUUUUAUAUACAAUAUAAUAUAAUAUUAUUAUACAUUUUAUUUUUGGUUGAUUUAACAUGGUGUCCUUAAAACCGACUUCAGUCGUUGUUACAUCAUUUCAUAUUCAUAAACCAACUUUGAAAAAGAUCACAACUAAGACAUGCAACCUUGACUAAAGCUACGUUAACAUCAAGCCCGGAUCCCGGAAAAUUGUAAGUUGCUACGUUUUUUGAACGCUGCAUUCACAUGGCGCACGGAACACCGUUAUUUGGGUUAAGAACGUAUGCGUUUGAUUAAUUCGAAGCUUGUUGCUGAUUGCUUCAACGAAAAACAACGUACAAUUUCACGAUACAAAGGCUCUCAGAUCCAUCGCUCCAGAUCCGAAGUUGGAAUUGGAAGUCGUAUGAAUUUGAUGUGAACGGUCCUAUUCUUUACCACUAAACCCAUUUUUCACGAUUUUUUGUCCGGGCACCGGAGCGGAUCCGGGAUUUGAACAUAACUUAAAAUUGAUAUCUACUCAGGCUGAUUUUUCAGAUCUGAUCUAGGGCAGGCUAAAUCACCAUAAAACAAAUAACAAUUUUUCAAUGUCUUUUUGGAUUUGACUUAGGCAAGUUCAACUGUACUAGUAUUUACUACUAGACAAAAUUAAAAUAAGUGGUUUGUGGUCUAGUAUGAAUUAUGAAGAAAAAUAUUUUUAAAUAACAGUCAAGAUUAUUAUUCAUCUGCUUGACUGAAUCUUUAAAAUAUUUUCUGCUUUUUAAAUGAUCUCUUGUCAGCGGUCUUCAACCGAACUUGGUUUAGUCAAUGCUAAUUUCUACAUAUUGUAGUUUAUGAACAUGAAUUGCAAGUUCAACAAUUGCUUGUUGAAUCCUAUUUUGAACUAAGACUAAAAUCUUUUUUGAGAAUGCAGGCAUUUUUUCCUGCAGUAAAUAUGUACAGUAUAGGGAGACUUGAAAUAACACAGGUUUUGAUUUAUAGAAUCAUUUGUAAAAUUUGGUUUUCUCCAUUUAAAAUGUAAGAAUUCGAUAAUUUUUCUCAUCUAAUUUCUCUCCACAAUCAAACAAAGCCUGUUUGACAAACUUUCUAAUACCCUGGGUUGAUCGUUCCUAUUGAAUGUCUAAAAACUUAUUCUUAUUUCCAAGAGUCACAUGACCAAUAAUUGGGAUUACAUUGUGAAUGGAAUAGUGAGCAUGCUCAAUAUAAAAAAAAUGAUAGGUAUCUUUAGUUCUGUCCAGACUAUCAAAUUUUUGAAAGAAACGUGGACCUAAUUAUGGUCGACAUCAUGACCAUAUAUAGGCACAUCAUGACUAUAUAUGGGCACAUCAUGACUAUAUAUGGGCCAUCAUCAGUUUUUUGUCAAAGAUAAUCAUUAGUGUUGAAUAAUGGUGGUUCAAACUCUUUUUGGAAAUCAAACUUUAGAACAAAUGUUUUGCUAAUGCUCCGAUGCAACUGCUCCGAUGCUACUGGCAAAUAUUGAGUUUUUUUUUAAGAGUUAGGCCUAUGGUUCUAUUACUCUGCGGGCAGAUUUAACCUGCGUAUGCAAGUGGGACACAGUGCUAGCUCGUGUCUCACAAGGAUUACAUGAAUUCAAAAGCGUAAAAUGCACAGAGAACACUAGAAAGAGUAUAAAAACACUUGCACCGUCUAUGUGGCCUUUCCUGGACAAUUAUUCCUCACAAUAAAAUUGGGGCGUUGUUUUAUAACCAUUUUUCCUCUUCCUUUUCCUCUACGGUGAUUGCACUUUAUGUUAGUGAACAUCAUGUGAUUCUGUCUAUUAUCUUCCUCCAAUAUAAGGCUUGCCAUCCCAAAACCAGUGUACAGUCGUUAUAUGUUAAACUGAGUAAUUAACAUAAAAAUGAUCCAGUAUUGUAUACUUCAGUACAGAGAAGCCGUAAUACUUUUACUCAUAACUUUGGCAAGAAUAAGUUAUUUUUAGAAAAUGACCCAUCAUUUUAAAGCUUAUAAUGUGGAGAAUAAGAAUAAUAUAUUUAAAGUCAAUUUCCAUUUUGUUGGUCACUGAUGCUGGGUUUGGGAUGGCAAGCCUCAUGUUCGUCCCAACACAUCACCAAUAGUCCCUCCGGAGGGGGAAGUUCUAUAAACCCUCACAUUCCCACUAGGUUGAACAUCCUAUCUAGCUGGUAUAUUUGAUCUGAAACUAAGAAUAUGUAUACACCUCAUAUUUAAAGCAGACUUAUAUUUUUUGUUUUCUUUGAUUGUUAUUUGUUAUAAAUCUGAAAUUAUAUUAGCUAUAGUUCAGGUAAUUAUCUAAUACCAGUGUAUAAAAGUUUGUUAAUAAACAGCAUUUGCUAUUGAAAGGAAA